CACGUCUGGAGGCUGGCUGCUCGCUCUGCUGACACAGUUCACCUCCAACACCGAAACUUUCCUGGAGUUCUCAGGCUCUUCUCACUGCGGACCAAGUCAAAUCCUGCUCAGAGGUAACCCUUAUUGCUGUAGGAAAAAAGAAAGCGGGGCUAUAUUCACUUAUACACCCGAUGAACUAUUUUACGUUACAUGCCCUGUUUUAUUUCCAACUUUUCAAAGUGAAGCCAACGUUUUUUCCUUGGGUAACGUUAGCUUACUUGGUGCAUACCCACACCGGGUCGGUACCUACAGGAAUAUGCUCAGGAAUACCAAACUUUUUCUUUCUUGUAAGAAGUGAGAGGAUUUUUCACGCAGCCGAAAGCGUCUUUGUCCACUAAAACUAUUUCCUUAACUCCAUAUUCGGUGUGGAUAUGGCUUGGAUAAGAUGGGGCCUCUUAUUUUCGUUCGGUUUGUUUCUUUCACCGGUACGUGUGUCAGCGGAGCAGCUGCAGAGUCAAAGCGGCUUCAGGAGGCUGUACGUGCUGCAACCCAGGCCGGGGCUGGCCGGAGCGGACGGCGGGGUAAGAAUUAGCUCCAUCUCUACCCGCCACGGCACGGCCGGGCAGCCACACACGUACAACGUGGAACUCGCCGCUAACUACGGCGGCCAGGUCCGGAACCGCAGGAUGGGGAACCAAGCCGCUUCAGCCCCCCAGUCCAGCCAGCAGCAGCCGGCCGUCAGGCAGAGCGGACCCAAGCAGAACCAGCAGAAGCAGCUCAUGAAGCUGUCGGGGGUGAAUGUGUGUGGAGGGCAGUGCUGUCAUGGAUGGAGUAAAGCUCAGGGAUCACAGCGGUGCACAAAGCGUAAGUGUGCAGCAACUCCUUUCAACACUUUUUGCUACUCCAGCCUACAUAUAAACACGGUGCCGGCUAAAGAGCUCCAGGCACCCAAAUCAGCUUUGACACUACGCACUCUUCUCUUUCUUAUAAAUAUCAUAAAUAUUGAG